UUGCCCGACCCGGAAAAUCGUCAGGUGGAUAUCAGACUCCAAAAUCACUUCGUCUCUCGACACGUGUCCCCCUCUCUCCUCCUUUACAUUCAUUACAACAUCGGUUUCUUUAAGGUUUCUCCUUUCCUUCACUCCCCUGCUCUCCCCUCUUCCCUGGUCCCUCCUUCCCCCUCACUUUCUCACCGUUUGAUCCGCCACCUGCUGAUCCAACGCCACCCCACCCGCUCAUGCCCAAACAGAUCAUACGCCUUAGAACCACACAACGCCCUCCCUGUAAUCAUCUUUUUUACAUUGUCUAUCGAGUGAAACAGGCGUUAGGGCAAAAGAAUUAAAAAACAAGAAUUAUUAUUAUUAUUUUAAAAAAUAAUAAUAAUUUUAUUUGUUUCUAAAGUCUUUUUCUGAGGAUGGGAGUGUACAUAAAUAGAGAUACGGGGAAGAGAGUAUUUGAGUUGAGUUGAGGGGUGAGGAAAAAUCUGUUUUGCAUUUUGUGUUUGUUGUUGUUUGGUCGGAGAGAAAGCUAGAGGCUUUUCCUUUUGUUCUUUUCUUCAUUUUUCCUGAGAAAAUGGGGAGAGGUAGGGUUGAGUUGAAGAGGAUUGAGAACAAGAUCAACAGGCAAGUGACCUUCGCUAAGAGAAGAAAUGGCCUUCUCAAGAAGGCGUACGAACUUUCGGUGCUCUGCGACGCCGAGGUUGCUCUCAUCAUCUUCUCCAAUAGAGGAAAACUCUACGAGUUCUGCAGUAGCUCGAGCAUGCUCAAAACCCUUGAGAGGUAUCAGAAGUGCAAUUAUGGAGCACCGGAGACAAAUGUAUCCACAAGGGAGGCCCUGGAGUUAAGUAGUCAGCAGGAAUAUUUGAAACUUAAAGCACGUUAUGAAGCCCUACAACGAUCCCAGAGGAAUCUUCUUGGGGAGGAUCUUGGCCCUUUGAGCACGAAGGAACUUGAGUCACUGGAAAGGCAGCUUGAUGUAUCACUGAAGCAGAUCAGGUCAACGCGAACACAGUACAUGCUGGAUCAACUCACCGAUCUUCAGAGAAAGGAACACAUGCUCAAUGAAGCAAACAAGACCCUGAAGCAAAGGUUGUUGGAAGGAACACAGGUAAACCAGCUCCAGUGGAAUCCAAAUGCACAAGACGUGGGCUAUGGUCGGCAACAAGCUCAGCCUCAGGGCGAUGGCUUCUUCCAUCCCUUAGAGUGUGAGCCCACGUUACAAAUCGGGUACAUUGUUCUCUCCAUCUCCUUCUCCUUCGUCUCUUUCCCAAACAGACAACUGAAGUUACUUGAAAUGCAGAUACCAGCCCGAUCCAAUAACGGUUGCAGCAGCAGGCCCCAGUGUGAAUAACUACAUGCCGGGAUGGUUGCCAUGACCAUAAUAAGAGGAAGGCCAACCCUCACGGUAUGCAUGCAUUCCUUUGACAAAUGGGUAUAAUUUCUGUGUUGUAAGUUACAUGACAGAAACUGAAGAACAUGUGUAAUAUUAUGGGUAUCCACGUUUCCCCUAAUACACCAUAAAAACAGAUUCUAUUAUUAUAACUCUCCAUCCUUAGGGAGAACUGUAAGUAAUGUUUGUUGUGUGCUCCAAGCAUUCUGCUUCUUUCUUUAA